UCCCUUCAAUGACCUCCCUGUCCCACAGGAGUUCUUGGGCAGCUUCGAUGGAAGGAGGGAGCCAAGAAGGAGGCCUGGUGAAAGCCCAGAGAUGAUAAUUACAACGUGGAUUGUGUACAUUCUCGCCCGGAAAGGUGUGGGGCUCCCCUUCCCGCCAAUAACCAGCUCGGACAUUGAUGUUGUGGAAAGCGAGGCUGUAUCUGUAGUACAGCAUUGGUUGAAAAAAACAGAGGAAGAGGCUGCCCAGGGCAUAAAGGAGAAGAUGUCGACCAACCUUCCUCCCACCCAUGGCCAAGACAUACAUGUGACCAAAAAUGUGGUGAAACACUGUCUCUCAAAGUCUGAUCUGUCAGCAAACCAGAGUCAGGAGGUGCUGGAGGAGAGGACAAGAAUCCAGUUCAUCAGAUGGAGCCACACCCGCAUCUUCCAAGUGCCGAGCGAGGUGACGGAGGACAUCAUGCGAGAUCGAAUAGAGCAGGUGAGAAGAAGCAUAUGCCAAAUUACAGAUGAGUCAUCUCAGGAACCCAGCAUGACAGUUUCCUUCGAGUGCUAAGAGCAAGAGGUGAGAGAGCCGACAGGUUGAAGUCCUUCGGGGCCAAGGAGCAGCCUAUGUCAGAAGAAUGUCCAACGCCUGCUUGACCUGAAGAAUGACCAGACCUGGGCAGAGAGACUCCAGCACGUGAGCCCUUCACCGGGACAGUGGCCGUGCUGGAAUUUCCUGCUGAACUGCUAAUAAAGAGAUGUGCUAUUUAACAACU